CUUCGUUUCUCUCCGCAGUUUUUUCAGUUGAAAAAAAGGGAGAAAAUAAUGUAUUGUGAGGGUGAUUCGUGGGGGUGUUAUAUGCCGAUGAGCCUGAGCCUGCGGAGCAUCGAGUCGGACCCCAUAGAGAGAGUGGUGCAGCUGGCGUCGGAGAGCGCCGUGGUGAUAUUCAGCGUCAGCAGCUGUUGCAUGUGCCAUGCUGCCAAAAGACUGUUCUGCGGAAUGGGGGUGAACCCGACAGUUAUAGAGCUCGACCAUGACCCUCGAGGGAAAGAGAUGGAGAAGGCGCUGUCGAGGCUCCUCUGCAACGCACAAACUAUUCCGGUCGUGUUCAUCGGUGGGAAGCUGAUUGGUUCCAUGGACGGAGUCAUGGCUUCACAUAUUAAUGGCACCUUGGUGCCACUUCUCAAGGAGGCCGGAGCUCUUUGGCUCUGAUUCUGAUAAAUAGUGUUAGUGAAAUCAGAGUGCUAAUUAAUCAUUAACCAUGGGUUAUGAAUUUAUGAAGGAGAUGUGUAUCUAGUUUUGUCAUGUACAUUAACUAGUUUUAAUUUAGUUAA